AUGUUAGUCUCCUUGACGGUCGGCAAGGUAGACGCUGGCGUCGCAGUCCUCCUGACUCAAGACAACCGCCUCAUCGAAUUCCCCUCCGUCCUCCUCCCUAACAACAUCGCUUCCGGCAGCAUUGUGGACAUCACCGUUUCGCGCAACCACGCCGCAGAAGCAGCCAGCGCAACAGCCUUCCAAUCCCUCCAGAAACGAAUCCUCAAUACCUACGGCGUGAAAGCUCCCUCGCCCCCGAUCCUGCGUCUGCGAAAUGCCACGCAGACUUCCCUCGUCCUCGAAUGGGACCCUAUCGACUUGGCUACCGCAUCCCUGAAAUCCCUCUCCCUCUAUCGCAAUGGCUCAAAGGCCGGCUCCAUACCCCGUCCCCUGGAGACUCGCAGUACGAAAAUCUCCGGUCUAGCCAUUCACUCCGAAUACACUUUCCAUCUGGUCCUCCGGACGACUGCUGGUACUUACCAGUCCGAGAAGCUGACGUGUCGCACGCACAAGAUGACCGAUCUGUCUGGUAUCACUGUCACAACAGGCGUACUGGAUCCGGCGCAGAAGGAGGCUCUGGGGUCUGCGCUUGAUCGGAUCGGUGGUAAGAUGAUUGACUCUGUUCGCAUUGAUACUACGCACUUUGUUUGCACGGAGGGCCGGGGCCCGCUUUGGGAGAAGGCUGUUGAGAUGAAUAUUCCUGUUGUCACGCCUGAGUGGGUGGACGCAUGCGAGUCCGAGGGUACGAUUGUUGGUGUGCGUGGUUACUAUCUCAAUGCUGAUCCUAAGACUCGGCAACUUGGUGUCAUUCAUGGCUCUUCGCAUCAGCGUACUACUUCUACCAUGUCCACUGCGACUCUGGCCAACCAGGGCAGGCCCAGUACUGGUAGACCUAGUACCCAGCCUGUGAGAAGCCCUGUGCAGGAACAGGUGCCAGAGGAGCCUCCUUUGACUCCGUUCCCUGGGGGUGAGAUGAGUGGUCAACCGCAGGCGCAAACAGAGGAAGUUGGAUCGGCGGAUGAAGAUGACGCCCCGCCUCCCCCGCCCCCGCCAAAAGAUGAGGGAGAGGAUACAAAUGAGACGGUUCAGAAUGGAGACACAGAACCCGUGUCUGUGCCAGAGAUGAAGAUCGAUGGGCCUGAAUCUGAAGUCGAGGCGGAGGAGAGCAACGGAGAAUCAGACAAAGGUGCCACUCUGCCACAGAACAGACCCGAAGAUGAUUCCGAGGCUGCAAGUUCUGGCACUGCAAAGAGCAAAGGGAAGGAGGGUGAGGGUGACUUCAACGAAGUCCCUCUCUGA